AUCGCUUAAUUCUGGCAUCAUUGUCCACCACCAUUUCACCUCAUCUUUGUUGCUGGCUCAGCUGAUUGUCAAUCCAAUUAGAAUAGAUUCAUACAUUUGGCGCUGUGCGUAUCUAUGCGGGCGAUUUGCUAAUUGUGUUUUUCUAAAAUCACCGGUUUGAAAUAUGUGGCAUUCAAAAUUACUUCUAGUGGCAUCAAUUGCCGUCCAUUUAUUCCCCACUGAUGUGAAUGCAGACGGUGGAUACAAACAUAAAGUUGAAAAACCUUACGAUAAGUACUCUAAAAAGGCGAACAAUUUGCCGGCCUCGGAAAUUUACGAGCCGGAUUUUCGGAACAUUCAGCGGCCGUUUCGCAUGGCCAAGUUGAAUCUGGUGUGGACCAAAGCACAGCACCGCUUAACGGAACCAAAACUGAAAUCCUUGUACACAGAGCUUAAAAUCCACGAUAAGGAGGAGAUCGCUUGGAAGCAACUCAGUUCCCAGCACAAGGACAAGGAGGGCAUAAAGGAGGCGGAAUUGCGGAAAAAGCUGAUUGGAAUUAUGAGCACCUACGGACUGCUGGAGCAUUUCGAUGAUACUCAGGAUCCGGAGAAAUACAAACCAUAUAAAGCGUACUCGGGUGGGGUUGAUAGCUAUAAAAAUAAAAGUUUGUUCAAGGAUAAAAAGCUGAACAAACUCUGGGAGAAAGCCGAGACCUCUGGUUUCACGAAAGAGGAGCUGGAUACACUGAAGGAGGAGUUCGAACACCACCAGGAGAAGAUUGAUGUCUAUUAUAAUUUAUUGGAACAGCUGGGAGAUGCAGAUGUGAAGAGCGAUAAUGCGCACGAAAAUGCUAUUAACAAAGACGAACACGACAAGUUCAAUGAGAUUGGUACGGCUUUGGAAGAUUCCAACGACAUUAUGGCUCAGCAAAAGGCACAGAAGAAACAGAAGGAGUUGCAGCACAAAUCAAAUGAAUUGCGUGAGACGCAUCGGAAUAUUAGGGAUAAUUUCGAUCGGCUGGAAAGAAUUGCUUCCAAAGGCCCCAACAGCCAGGACUUCAUUGAACCACAAGUGCAGGGUUUGUGGAGAAUAGCGGUGUCCUCUAAUUUUACGGCCGAUGAGUUGGCUUCCCUCAAAGUUGAACUGUUGCAUUACGAAAGCCGUUUACUAAAGCUGAGACAUAUGCACGCGGAACAUGCGUUGAGCAUGGAAAAGCACAAAAAUGCCAAACAUGGUGAUAAAGCCGAUACGCAUAAAAUAAUGGAGGAUAAUAUUAAGAAACAAACGAGGAAAGUUGAGAAAAUCAAGGAGCAAGUGGAGGGUCGAAUUUUAAAGCACGGCGAGUUGUAAGUGGUAGAGAAUAACUUGGAGGCAUUUAUGCAGCAAUACUGAGAAAGAUUAUGAUAAAUCUCGAACGUUUUUAGAGCAGCUAUGUUUUGUAAUCUCGUACAAAUGAUUUAUGUUGUGAAUCCUUAAAAAAUAAAACGUAUAUUUUGUGUAACAUA